UUUGAGCUUUUCGGGGUCCCGCAGGUGGCGGCGGUGGCCGCGCGGGAUCUGGGGCGCGCCCGGUGCUUCGCGCAGCAUUUCGGUGCCCGGGCGUACGGAUCCUACGAGGAGCUGGCCCGGGACCCCGGGAUCGAUGUGGUGUACGUGGGGGUGGUGAACCCCGCUCACCUGCCCACGGGGCUGCUGUUCCUGCGCCGGGGCCGCGCGGUGCUGAUGGAGAAGCCGAUGGCGCUCGGGGCGCGCGAGGUGGCGCAGCUGGUGGGGACGGCGCGGGAGAAAGGCGUGUUCCUCAUGGAGGGUUUCUGGACCCGAUUUUUCCCCGCCUGGCGCCGCCUGCGCUCGCUGGCCCGGGGGGGCUCGCUGGGGUCGCCGCUGGUGCUGCGGGGGGAGCUCGGCUUCAACCUGGGGGGGGUCCCGAGGCUGCGCGAGCCCCGCCUCGGGGGGGGGGUCCUGCUGGACCUGGGGGGGGGGGGCUACGGCGUCCAGAUGGCCCUGGGGCUGCUGGGGGGGGGGGUCACACCAAGAGACCCCUCCCAAAUUACCGCCCGCGGCACCCUGCACCCCACCGGCGUGGAUGAGUCGGUGUCGGUGUCGCUCUCGUUCCCCGGCGGUCACCUCGCCUCGCUGCUUUUCUCCAUGGCCGCGGAGCUGCCGGGGGCGGCGGCGCUGGGCGGGCCGCGAGGCUGGGCCGAGCUCCCGACCCACAUGAACUGCCCCACGGAGCUGCUGUGGGGGGGGCGCCGCGAGCGUUUCCCGCUGCCCCCCCCGGCCGAGCCCCCCAACUUCCCCCACAGCACCGGGCUGCGCUUCGAGGCCCAGCACGUGCGGGAGUGCCUGCUAAAGGGGCUGACCGAGAGCCCCGAGAUGCCGCUGGCCGAGAGCGAGGUCAUCGCGCGGCUGCUGGACCAGGCCCGGGAGCAGGUCGGGGUCACGGUGGACGGAGUGACCACAGAGUGACCACUGACCAUGAGUGACCGCUGGAGUGACCAGUGACCGCUGGAGUGACCGCUGGAGUGACCGCUGACCCUGAAUGACCCACUGCACUCCGGACUGACUGCUGACCCUCUGGAGUGACCGCUGACCCUUCUGAGUGACCACUGACCCUGAGUGACCGCUGGAGUGACCGCCGGCCCUCCGCAGUGAGCCCGUGGCUCAAUAAAAGCUCUGAAACCUCCCCAAAA